UGAAUAUCAAUUUAGUUGAUAAAUAUGUUAAUUAGCUUAGAUCCGUCAUACAUAUUGAUGAAAUGUUAGACAUAUUAGAAUUAUAUUUAAGACAUUUAGUGUAGCGUCUUCUAUUGAGGAGGUCAAAUUGUUUUAACCGUUGAAAUAAGUUUUUUAAAGAAGCCACAAAAAUGUUUACGUGUGCGGUCAUAUUGCUGCUGGUCAUAAGCCAUGUGGAACUGAGGCUGCUGGUCCACACGGAAGUGGGCAGCAUACAGGGUGUGCCGGCCGACGACGGGGACUAUGUCAUGUUCCUGGGCAUACCGUACGCCAGAGUCAACGCCAGCAAUCCCUUUGGGGCUUCCAUUCCCCAUGAGAAAUUUGACAAAGUUUUUGAAGCAUUCAACGAUUCAGUAAUGUGUCCACAAAUUAGAGAAAUUUACUUAGGAGGUGGCGACCCGUAUAAAGGUGCUCUGGACUGUUUGCAUCUCAAUGUAUAUGUACCCAAUACGGAGACAACAGACAAAGCUGUUUAUGUUUAUAUUUUUGGGGGAAAGCACGAUCAUGGUCGAAGCCAAAGAGACUUAUAUGGACCUAAAUAUCUUGUCCGUCACGAUGUUAUAGUAGUUACUUUUAAUUAUAGACUUGGACCCUACGGUUUCAUGUGUAUGGACAUUCCUGAAAUACCCGGCAAUCAGGGACUAUGGGAUCAGUACAAAGCCAUUAAGUGGGUUAGAGAUAAUAUUCAAGCCUUUGGAGGUAAUCCACAAAGAAUUACCAUCGGUGGUCACAGCUCAGGUGCUAUGACAGCUGACAUGCAUCUAUUGACCAAACAGCCUAGACUGUUUCAGCAAGCCAUACUGCAAAGUGGAAGUGCUACAAUUCCUGGUUUUGUUAGACCUUCUGACAAAACGGCACUCAUCGAUAUUGCUGAAAAGAUCGGAUUCAAAACUAACGACACAUAUGCUGCCCUCUCAUUUCUAGCCAAAGCAGAUCCCGAAACGGUUAUUAAAACAACAGCUAAAUAUGAAUAUGAAUGGGCUUCGUGUGUCGAAAAAGAAUUUGAUGGGGUCGUUCCAUAUAUCGAUGAAAACCCCGAGUUAUCGGAAGGAAUAAAUAUUGAUGGUCUUAACAUACUAAGCGGGUUUACAGAACGAGAAUGCAUUUAUACCUUGUAUAGUCCCUCGUACGCGUUUUUAUUAAAAUCCGAAGAUAUACUUCGGUCUGAUUUAGGUUUUAAGUUUAAUUUACAAAAUCAUAGUAACGUCUUAGAUAUAAUAAAGCACUUCUAUCUUGGAGACCACGCAAACGGUGAAAUUAAUAAAUACGAAGUUGUCGAUUUUCUUACUGACUUCGAUUUCGUUUAUCCCUUACAACGGCAGUUGAUCAAAUAUGCAAAGCACAAGGAUACAAAUGUAUAUCAAUAUUUGUUUUCUUAUGAAGGUCAUCUAAAUAGAAUGAAAAGGUAUUACAAUAUAACCGAACCCGGAACGACGCACUCCGAUGAACUGGGAUAUAUUUUUACCAUUGAUUUCCUUCCGGAUGUACCAAACACCGAUGACCAGCAUAAAAUUGACCAAAUUACAACGUUAUGGACCAAUUUCAUGAAAUACGGGAACCCAACGCCUGUUCGCACGGAUCUGCUGCCGGUGUCAUGGCCGCCGCUGACCGCCGACACGGUGCCGUGUCUGCAGAUCGACUCCAACUUGACCGUCAUCUCGCGACCUUUCCACAGAAACAUGGCAUUCUGGGACCUGUUUUAUGCCGCGCAUUUAGAUAAGCUUAGUAUUAUAUAGCGCCUGAAAAGAAAACAUUAGCAAAUAGUUAAAUCAAGGUGAUAAUAUAUAUUGGCGUGAAUAUAUGCUCAACUGCUUUAAAUUUUUUCGGCUGUUGUGUUUCAUUUCUGUAAGACUUGUCACUCGGAGACGGAGUAAAAGAUGCAAAAUAAACUGACGAAAAUGAA